AUGUAUGAAGCAGCGCGUGACGUCUGGUAUCCCUACAUGUACCGCAGUUUGGCAGCAAAGGCCACGUACUGUCAGCAAUGCACGGAAGCGGGUAAGAACCUAAAAACUUUGUUACCCAAGGGAGACGUGGGCAAGGUCCCGGAACCAAGGGAACCAAAUGAAUACGGAAAUGACCCCGAAAUGAGCACAAUCGAUUUUCCACAGCACUCAAACAGGAAAGAACGAUCGGACUUGACAUCAGCUCCGGCAUUAAGGAGGGCACCGCUCAUUCUGGACAGCGACCAGCAGAUGGAAGUGGGCCAAGGGUGGUAUCGGGACGGAAAUGACCCCGAAAUGAGCACAAUCGAUUUUCCACAGCACUCAAACAGGAAAGAACGAUCGGACUUGACAUCAGCUCCGGCAUUAAGGAGGGCACCGCUCAUUCUGGACAGCGACCAGCAGAUGGAAGUGGGCCAAGGGAAAAGUGCAGUGGCAGUGAAGCCAAAGAACAUUCUCCCCAAGAAAUGGAAGCCGGCCACGCUCAAGGAAAUGUUAAUGAGUGCAAAGAAGGGGGCAAUCGGGAGCCCGAAAUCUAAGCGGCCAAGAGCCACACAGCGAGUACCUGAAGCCAUAUAUCAGUCGGACAGUUCAGAUAGUGAGGACUACCGGCCACUCAAUAUUACACCAGCGCGGCUACCAGUUGAAGUUAUGGCGAGACAAGAGGUGAUGCGGUGGGACAAGGCCCAACCGGUGGGCAAGCGUGACAAGAAAGUGAAGUUCUCGGGUUAUGUGUACCAUCCGCGGUGUUUCAGAUGUGCCAAAUGUAAGACAAGUCUGAUGAAAACUCGCUUCAAAGGAGUGCGCACAGAUCUGGUGUGUGAGAAAUGCUACUACAAACACUUCGAUCCCAAAUGUGUCAGAUGCAAACAUGGAACCAACCGCGGCGCCCUCAUGGUCAUGUCCAAUGGGGCCAAGAUUCACAAAAAGUGCAAUAAAUAA